UGCUUCAGCAAGCGAGAGAGAACAACUUUAUUAGCAGGUGGAUUAUGCCCGGAUUACAGCUUUCUGUUCCCUAAAUUAAUCGCUGGAAAGAAGAGGAAAAGGAAAAAGGGAAGCAUCAAAAACAACCCGGAGGAAAAACCUGGAUCAGAUCAGGAUAUGAACUGCGAAAGGAGCAUAACUUAUUGAACGCCUGUUGUUGCCAUGGCAGCAGGGGCCAUAUUAGCUCCUCUUAUCAUCCCCAUCACUGAUCCUCUGACUCGAAAAUCCAAGAACCACAUCGAUACCAAAACACCCAUCUCCAUUCAGUCAGAUUCUGCAGGUGUGCUGAUCUUCUUUACCUUGGAUGGUUCUAAGCCAGUGGCAGGACAGCGUGGGUCAGAUGGCAGCAGCAGGAAGUACACAGAUCCCAUCCUGCUUCCUGCUGGUCAGGUGACUGUCAGAGCCAUGGCUGUUACAAGGGAUGGCAGAGAGAGCUCAGUGGUCACCAAGGGCUUUUCUGUGGAUCAGGUGGAAACAGGCAUCUCAGACGAUAGCAGGGAUGGUCUGCAGAAAAAAACGCAGCAACAGCCUAUAGGAACUUCGGGUUCUAUUGAGCACUUUGCUGGUUCUGCUCAAAGACCUGCAGGUCCUUGCUUUCUAAACGGACGCUUUGGCUCCAGAGGCUCCAAGAUCAAAGCUACUGCCCUCUUGUUGGGUUCUUCCCGGCGCUCCCGAUCUGCGGAUUCACGACAUCAGGAGCAGCUGAGCAGCACGCAGUGGUCCCAAGUUCAGAGGGACAAAGACUCCCCGUGGUGUCCUCGGUGUCUCAGUGCCCGUCCUCCAGACCCGUUUGCCCGGUUCUGUCCUCAGUGUGGUUUUGUGAUUCCGCCAGUAACUGCCCCCAAGCCGUCCCCCGCUGAGACGGGACAGAUGCUGCAGUGCGCUUCCUGCCAAUCUCUGGUUCCCGUUAAUACUCAGACCUGUUUGAUCUGCGAGACGUCCACAGAUAGAUCCCAGCAGCCCCUGCUCAGUCUGCAGUUUCCAAUUGACUGGACCUCUGUUGCGUUGUUGACUCAGGGUCAUGCGUUGUGUCCUUCCUGUGGAAGUUGGAAUCCAGAUAAGCUUUCCAGCUGUGUGACCUGUGAGAGUCGCCUGCAGCCGGUAUGUCUGGACCUGCACCUAUGUUUAUACAUGCUGCUUCCAUGCCACAACAGCGCCCCCUCUCGCCAGGCUGCAGAUGACAGGAUGUUUUCCUGCUCCAGAUGUGAGCGUUUAAACCGUGGUGAUGCCAGAUUCUGUGACUGGUGCGGCAUAAAGCUCCGUAACACCAUCAGCUGUGUGUCGUGUUGGCAAUGCGGAGCAAGCGCGCAUCCCGGUGCUCUCUUCUGCACUUCCUGUGGCGUGCUCCUGGAUCAACAUUCCCCGUCCAAACCAUGCAAUGACACCACACCAACUGCAGAGGUCACCACCUACAGCCAGGUUUCAGCUCUGACCCAAAAUGAUGCAGCCCAGAAGGCCAUGCCCCCAUCAAUCUCCGCCCCCAGGUUGAAAGUUGGCCCUCCCUCUGUGUAUCAGGCUACACAGACUGUAGGACUCUACUACCCCUCAUCCAUGGCACUACAGAAGAAGGAACAGCAGAGGGCAAUACAACAUACUCAAGAGCUGGCGAACCGAGACCGCCGACCGCCGCUCACUGCCAUUAGCCCUGGUCGAGGUUACUGGAGGAAGCAGUUGGACCAUGUGUGUGCUCACCUGAGAAGUUACACCCAGAACCAUUCCUCCUUCAGGACUCUGCUGGCAGAACCACGUCUGGGCCAGAUGAUCUCAGCUGUGAUUCAGGAGGAUCAGCAGGAAGUCAUUCUGACCUUAAGCUUUUCCUGUGUUGCUCCAGAGCAACAGCAGGUUGGACUUUAUGGAAACAUUGACGGACCAGUCCAGGGAGGGUCCGGGAUACCGAGUCAGGCCCAGACUCUGAGCCACGUCACGGAGCAAUCUACAGUCAGAACCAGUCUAGGAAGUCCUUUGCUGUCAGGUCUCAGAAGACCCAAUAGAAACCUGAAACCAGGACCAUCGGUGACUGACUGUCAGCUGCUGAAGGAGCUGGGUCCAGAUAGAGGCCGGAUCGCAACCAUCCAGAACCUUCUGGAUCAGGGGGCGGACCCAUCCUGCUGUGGGAGUGACAGCCGCCACGCCUUGGCGGUCGCCGUGGUGAACAGUCACUACGACGUGCUUCCUGUUUUGAUUCAGCGAGGAGCCGACGUUGACCAACAGUCUGGACCGAUGAGGAACACUGCUCUGCAUGAAGCUGCAGCUAUGGGCUCUGAGGGGCUGCAGAGCGCCAAGCUCCUGCUCAGAUGCAAGGCGAGCGUGAGAAAGAGGAAUGCUGCUGGUCAGACAGCAUACGACAUGGCGGUGACCUCCGGCUGCGACGACAUGAUGUCCCUGCUGGCGGCUCAGACAGGACUGGAUUUACUGGGAAGGUCCCAUCAGAACCUGGACAUCAUCUGAGUGAUAUAUGUGACCAAAACCAGUCAGCAGCUCUGAACCGUUUCUGACUGCAGCUCCAGGCCGUUCUGUUUCCAUCCGACUUCCAAGUUCCUCUAAAACAUGUCAUUUUUUAUCACUUAUAUUGAGAUAAAGUGGGGUUUUCUUACACAGAACAUUUAUAAAACAUUUUUUCGGUUUCUAAGGAUUAAAAUCUUCCAUCGCCAUCUUGUUUUCUUAUAAAAUUCUUAAUCUAUUUUCCAUUUUUUUGUCCAUUUGUCAUUCCUUUAAUCUGAACCUGUGUUCUCCACUAUUACUGACCAUUGUUCUGCAGUGGCUGCAGGUUUUCUUUCCAACCAAGCAAUCGCACCAGACUCCAGUCAUCUCAUUAAGUGAGUCCAAUCUGAACAUGAUGACUUGAUGAAGUCUGGUGCGCUAGU